AUAUUAUUGCAAUCCUCCUCUAUUAACACUCAAAGUGAUUAGCUUUUCCAGAUUAAUAAAAAAUAUUAUGGUAACAACAACACUUUCUGCCCUGAUACUUCUGACCUUGAUGCCUGUUAUUCAAUGCAGGCAAAAAUUAAUUGUCAUAUUGAUUGACGGUAUCAGAUAUAAUUAUGAAACUGAUAGCCUUAAGGGAUUUCGAAGUAUUGUUGAUUCGGGCGUAAAAUCGGAUUUUAUGAGACCUGCCUUCCCGACCACAUCUUCUACUAAUUAUUAUUCCAUAGCUACGGGUCUGAAUCCUGAAUCACAUGGUAUCUUGGGUAAUGAAGUUUGGGAUGAGGAACGCAAAGAAAUCUUCAAGUAUAAUCAAAUAGACGAAUCUCAUGACGCAAAAUCAAAAUCUUAUUGGUUUAAUGGUGGGGAACCAAUUUGGAUUACAGCGGAAAAACAGGGUUUGAAGAGUCGAAUGUAUUAUUGGAUUGGGUGCGAUAUCGAAAUCAGAGGUAAAAAUACAACGUUUUGUGAGAAAUAUCCCAUGAAGCCUUUAACCAGAUCACAAUUUAAUUAUGCUUGGACGAAUGGUAUAGAGGCUAUAGCUAAUAGAUCUGCUGAUUUCAUAGGUAUUCAUGAGGACCGUGUAUAUUCUAUGGGCCUUAAGCAUGGACCGGAUAGUAUAGAAAGGAAAAAUGCUCUUCGAGAUGUAUCAGAAGAAUUAGACAGCCUAAUGAAAAUCUUAAAAUAUAAAAAUCUAACUGAUGUUAAUGUUAUGAUUGUUUCCGAUCAUGGAAUGACGAAAGUGAAUAAUUCACGUGUAAUCCGAUUAAAUACGUCUGAAGAGAAUUAUAAAUUAAUCUUAAGAAACGGUGCUGUUGUAAAUCUAUGGCCAAAGAAAAAUAAGACUGAAGAGUGCUACAAAGAAUUGAAAGAUUCUAGAAUAGAUAUUUUUCUGAAAAGGGAUAUUCCAGACAGAUGGCGAUAUAAAAAUAAUAAACGAGUUUCACCUUUGCUUGUUGUUGCACGUAAAGGCUAUUCUAUUAUUUUGGUCGGUAUUAAGAAAAAAGAUACCUUGUCAAAAAAUAGAGGAGCUGAUAGUUAUGAUAACGAUUUUGAAGAUAUGAGAACCUACUUCGCCGCGACAGGUCCUGCAUUUCGAAAGAAGCAGAUAUUACCUCAUUUUCCUAAUGUUGAUUUAUACAACGUAAUGUGUUCUAUUCUUGACAUUAAUCCGUCCCCAAAUAAUGGAACUGCUACGUUUGACGGCCUGGUAUCCACAAAUCAAGGACAUGCACUAGCAAACCUUCGAAGUAUCUUGAAUAGACUUCGAAUUCGCAGAUAUAAAUCAAUACCAGAAUAUAAUUUGGAAACAAAUUUCGAUGAUGAAGAUACUCUAUUUUUUAAUGAUAUCAAGUAA